AUGCGUGCCAUUGUCAUUCAGAGCGCUUUUGAGAUGAACCAGUUCCGGCCCGGAUACGAUCUGAUUGUGCCCCCCAUCCUGGGGCCACCCGGAGGAGACGUUUGGCAGGAGUGUGCCAGCAUGGUGCCCGCCCGCCGCAAGUACUUGAUUUCGUUCCAAGGAGAGAUGAGACCGAGAACAGACUCUCAAGCCUCAAACCCGCUCGACGACUUCAUUCUGGAACACUUGACUGACAUGUCUAAGGGACCCACUCAGGAUCAGUUCGAGCUGCAGUUCCAGUGCGUGCCUGCCACGGAGCAGCAGGAGGCGGACUCCGUGUCCGACUGGACGCUCUGUGGAUCGGAUUCCUCCCGCAAACAUCUGCUGAAGGACUCUACCUUUGCGCUGAUCCUUCCGCCGCUCAGCGGGCGGGUUGCUUCCACCCUCAUGCUGGCCCGACUCUACGAGGCGCUGCGCUCUGGGGCCAUUCCCGUCAUCCUCGGAGCAGAUGAACUCCGACUGCCGUACGCGGAGACUCUGGACUGGCGUCGGGCGGCACUCCUCAUGCCCAAAGCUCGCAUCACGGAGCUGCACUUCCUACUGCGAGCCGUCCAGGAUGCGGACUUGCUUCUUCUGCGGCGCCAGGGCCGUCUUAUCUGGGAGCGCUACCUCAGUUCGGUUCAGGCCACGGUGGAUACGGUUAUAGCUAGCCUACGCGAUCGGCUAGGGAUACCACCGCGGCCUAUUCCAAGCGUUGUUUCUCAUCACAUUUUCAACAUUUCGGUUACGCCGUUAAUGGCAAAGAUAAGAUUAACCAUUCAGCCGGAGGAGUCUCUUGGCCCCAUUGAGCCGCCUUAUCCGAGCCCCGCCUUUGGCCGAAACUACACGAUUCUACGCGUGCAGUCAAUGGAGGUCUGGAACGACUGGGUUGAACCCUACUACUUGUACCCCCAGCUGCCCUUCGAUCCCGCCCUUCCCUCCGAAGCAAAGUUCAUCGGAUCCCAUACAGGAUUCCGGCCAAUCGGUAAGGGAAUUGGAGGCGCCGGUAAGGAGUUCAGCGAGGCUCUCGGCGGGAACUACCCCAGGGAGCAGUUCACCAUCGUAAUUUUAUCAUACGAUCGGGAGCACGCACUGCUGGGAUCCCUGCGCCGCCUUUACCGACUGCCCUAUCUCUACAAGGUGGUCGUGGUAUGGAAUUCGCCAAAGUCGCCGCAACUCAGUCUCCGCUGGCCGGCUAUCGGAGUGCCCGUCGAAGUUGUACGCGGACAGCAUAACUCGCUCAACAACCGCUUCCUGCCAUGGGACGUAAUAGAGACGGAGGCGGUGCUCUCGAUGGACGACGACGUUCAAAUCGGACAAGACGAGAUUGUGUUCGGCUUCCGGGUGUGGCGCGAGCACCGCGAUCGUAUCGUGGGAUUGCCUGGCCGCCACCAUGCCUGGGAUGCCGUCAGCAGCACGUGGCGCUACAACUACAGCUUCAGCUGCGAGCUGAGCAUGGUGCUCACCGGAGCGGCCUUCCUGCACAAGUACUACAUGUACCUGUACACCUAUCAUAUGCCGCAGGCCAUUAGGGACAAGGUGGAUGAGAACAUGAACUGCGAGGACAUCGCCAUGAACUUCCUUGUCUCGCACAUAACUCGAAGGCCGCCGGUGAAAAUCACUUCUCGUUGGAGCUUUCGCCGUCGAGGAAUUAAGUCUUCGCUCAGCCAAAGACCCAAGCACCUUGAGGACCGCCACAAGUGCAUCAAUUUCUUUAGCCAGGUGUUCGGCUACACGCCCCUGCUGAACACCCAGUACCGGGCGGACUCGGUCCUGUUCAAGACUCACAUUUCGAAAGACAGGAAAAAAUGUUUCAAGUACGUCUAG